GCAAAGUCCAUAUUUAUAAAAACUGACGCGGAAAAGUGCUUAGCGCCACGUUAGCGUCUGAGCAGGCUAACGCACUUUUGCUUGUCCGAUUGCUGCAGGUUUUUGGCAAUAUAAGCCAUUCUUGCUGCUUGAAAUUGGGUUUAAACAUUGACAAGCCCUCUUUUAUAUGUCUAUGACAUUUAAUAGGCAUCGUUUAAAGGCGGAGGUUUGAAACUUCUCAGCUGCGCACAAGUUCAAGAUCAUUUGUCAUUUAUAAAUUUCACAUCUGAAAGAAUAAGGUAGGCGCAUUUUCUGUGCAUAAGUUCGGUUUAUGAAUCACACGUAUGCAUUUUUGAUAAAUGAUCGUAAGAUCAAAUGUAGGAUGGUUUCUACGCAGCAUUUUAUAAAUGAAGCCCAGGGAAAUCGCGCUAAAGCUGAGACGAUUCACCAGCAUGACAGAACAGCACAUCACAUCACGCGCUCCUUACAAUCUUGUCAUAAACAAAAAUGCAUGCGCGUGGUUUCUCUACAGAGAAAUCACAGAUAAUUAGCAAACUUCAGACGCUGUGGAAGAAAACUACCAGGUGCAGGACUUUAAAUACACCACGUUUUUUACGGGAUCUUUACGCUAUGUAAAUGCACGCACAGUUUACAGAAAAUCAUUGGCAGUGUGAAUGAACCAAAAAUCAAACAAUCUCGGACAAAUCCCAGACGGAUUUUUCGUGUAUUUCUGUGUGAUAAGGGCUUUACAUAGCUUUUACUUACUGUUAACUAUUUUUAUGUAUAUAAUGUAAAACCACUACACCACACUGGAUUCGGAAUGGCACCGGUACUGAUAAAUUUGUCUGGACAGAGUCAAAAGAUGGACUAGUAUGUAAUCUAAUAUUCAACCUUUUGAAAACAUCAAAUAUCACUUAAAUUAUUAAGGCUGUCUGAGUGGAGUUUUGGCACGGGUGCAUCUACCUCACAAAGAUGACACUCACUCCACUUGCUUGCAUUAAGUAAUUAAACAAAAGUAGCAUGGUACCUAACAUUAUUAUUAUUGACAAAAACAAUUACAAUAGUGCACUCUAGCAGCUGAUGUGUUGAUGUUAUGCAGUAAAUAACAUUACUCAAUGUGUUACAGCAUCUGUUUCACUGGGUGUUUAACAGCUAAAUCAUGUCCUGCUCAACAAGCCAUAUGUGUGUACAUUUAGUCAGACAGUGCUGUAAGAUGCUGCUGUUGUCAGUGUUUGUCGGUUGGGUAUUGGUGGAAACUGCAACGAGUGUUUGGUUGUGCAUUGUAGCCUUAAAAUGCCAUGGUUAUAAAGUAAAAGUUAAUAUAGGGUUAAGAAUAUGAACAAACUUCUAAACCGUAGGAUGAGCAACAGUGUUAGUGAUGCUGUCCUUAGCGAGCACCGCUAAUUAAUGUUUGCUUUAUGUACCUCACCUUCAAGAGAUGAAAUGCAUUAUGUAUGAUGCAAUUAACUGAUCAUUUUGCAUUUCGUUUUGCUGAUCAGAGCUUUUCAUACAGUGCAGAAUAUGGAAGCAGCUGUUAAUUAUUUAACAGAGGUCAACAACGGAGGCAUAGAUACAGGCAAACCAAUCAGGAGAAAGGCUUUUGGAUUUCGAGCAGAUUUUCGGGCAGAAAUCGGUGCCGUCACAUUCGCUAUGACAGCAGUGACGCAGUCUGCAGGUCUUGCGCUUUGGAAACUGUCACAUGCGUGGUGUGUACGCAAAGGUGCGGCUGUCAAAAAGAGCAUCGGAGGAGGUGGGGGAAGAGAUGAGAGACCAUGAAUGCUAAAUCUAGACAAGGGCAGACAGAACGAAUGAUGCUGUUGCUGGUAAAAUACUUACAGCUCACAGCUACAAUAUUUCAUUGAAGAGAUAUUUGGGUAAAUAUAAAUUACAUGUAGAAAGGAAAAAAAUCUGAGUUGGUGAAGCAUUGUGUUACAGAUGCAACAUUUGUGGGUUCGAUUUGUAGGGAAUACAUACUGAUAAAAUGAUAAAAGUUGGUCAGUAUAAAAUACAUUAAAUACAGUGUAUGCUUUGGAUAAAAGUGUCGGCCAAAUGCAUACCAACCCUCUUCUCAAGCACACACGCUCAAGAAUAGCUAUUGUGAAAAGCCCUUCAGCUAUACAUAAGAAGGUUUGUUGUCUGCGAUAUUCGCCUGGGGGCGUAUCACUGCCGUUCAACAUUUUCCUUUGAUUAGUGAGGUCACCAAUGAUAUCCACCAUUGUAAUGAAUUUAAGGUUAUAAAGAUGAAAACGUCUAAUUUCGAUAAAGUGAUUGUUAAGCCUGAAUGCCUGUUAUGACAUCAUUCAGUACCAAUGCAUUAUUAGUAUAUAAGAUCCCUUGUUUCUAUGGAAAGUCUCUGGAGCUCUGUGUUUGUUGCAGUCAUGUCCCUGGAGGUUAAAGUGUAUGUCACCACUAUAUGGCUGGCAUGGAAACAUUAUUUCCGGAAACCUGCCUCCAAGGAGGCCAAAAUCAAGGCAUCUUCUCUGUCUGUCUCUCACUGGCUGACAUUUUCAUUCAGAUCUGUCCUUUUAUAACAUUUCCCUAAACUGGAAAAGGCACUAAUUCAAUCCCUGAAUUGUGCAGUUUAAUCUGGAAUAAAUUGCAUAAUGUAAUCUCUCUUAUAGGGGGUUAUGUAAUUACUGUGGUGCUUUAAUGACACUGACAGGGAGGUUUUUGGCAGGUCUUGGGUUAGCGUUUCUCUCCCUGGCCCUUUAUAACUAUAUUCUAAUAAUGCUGGGUUGUUUACACCUAUGGUUGGGUGAAAUAUGGAUUAAACCAACUGUUGGAUUAUACUUACUUAGCAUGUUCAUGUUCGGCCCAACCAUGGGUCUGUUUUUAUUAGGAAGUCUUUGUAAAUUGGCACACAAAAGUAACUUGCUUCAUUUACGGCCGUUUGAAAGCACCUUUGUAUCCUGACCAAAUGAUUAUAUUUUUGUAAAAAUUAAUUCUUUAGUAAAAUGCAGGUCUGACAACAGUUUGCUUGUUUUAAGGGUGUAUCAGUAUGAUUUGUUACUCUUCCUUCCCAAUUCUCUAAAAGUGGUUGUCAUAUUUCUGUGAUAACAUUUGUCUUUCCUCUCCUCCCUAUCUAUCCUUCUUUCUUCUUCUUUUUCUUCCCCAGCCAAUCAGAAGCCAGUAAAUAAGUACCCUUCUAUGAUUUUCAGUGAUGUCAUGGAUGCAACUAAAAACAUUAAUGCGUUCUCUUUCUUAUUUUCCCCUUUCUCCACCUUCCUUUCUUUCUAACGUCCAAAAAGCACAUUAUAAAUGUUGUUGUUUUUAAACGGUAUGGUAAAAAGAUGCCAAUAAAUUUUUUUUAGAAAGUUAACAGUAUAAUCCCAGUAAAAAUAUAAUGUAAUUCUCUAGCUGCCAUUGAUUUAGCCCAGUCAUUGAUGUGUAUUCAAUGUUCCUCAUUCAUCUCAUUGCGCAUAUAUAAACACUUCCCCAGAGGUCAGAAUUGAAAAUAGCACACGAUCAUUGGUUGAGAGCGAUGCAGAUGUCUCUGUGGAAACAGCAGGGUGACGUUUGAGGGAAAAAAGAUUGAAAUAUCAGCUUGGCUUUGCCAUGGGGCGUGUGUGGAGGUCGACUCGGAUACAGAAGCAGUGUUGGGUAAUGGCUUCAAACUGGGCUGUAUCUCUUGCAAGAUGCGAGGGGAGGUACCAGCUUCUGCCACUGUGGACUGGUGGUUCAUGUCCAAAGGCGAAAGUGAAUUCACACAUAUCUACAGUUAUGCAGACAUGACAGGCUACGUAAUGGAUGAUCGCUUCAUUGAGCGCCUGGACUGGAAUGGCAGUAAAAAGACAGUGGAUGUGCAGGACGGCUCAAUUUUCAUCCUUAACGUCACCUACAAUGAUACCGGCACCUAUCGAUGCUACUUCGACCGAACUCUCACCUUUCCCAAUUACGAAUUCCACACCAACGCCACCAAGUUUAUAACCAUCAACGUAGUGGGCAAAGAAACUCGAGGCACAGCGUCCAUCCUAUCGGAGGUUAUGAUGUACGUCUCUAUCAUCGGGCUGCAGUUUUGGCUGGUGGUGGAGAUGAUCUACUGCUACAGGAAGAUUUCUGUUGCAGGAGAGGAGGCGUUGAGAGAGAGCGAGGCCGAAUAUUUAGCUAUAACCUCAGAGAGCAAAGAUAAUUGUGCAGGUGUAACAGUGUCAGAAUAACAAAGGACCAAGAAAACUCUCAAGCCAAAAGCUUGAAGCUCCACCCAUCAUGACAUCAUGACUAAUCGCCCCUUCGUCACCCUCACUGACGCUCUGCGAAGCCGCAAGGUUUUUGAUGCAUCAGAGACACGACGCUCAGAUACGAAAGUGUAUUGUUUUAGAUAAGGCUCUGGAGGUCUGUGACAUUUUAGACAACAGUGUUGAGGUAAUGAAUGAAUGAUGCAUUAAGUUGUUUAAGCAUGAAUUUGUAUCACAAUGCAAAUAGUACCGAACAGGAUUUGUACAUACAGUACGUGUUUGCUUUCCGCACAGUGAACUCACAUUCGUAUGCGAUAAUAAUAAAAUUCACAAGUGUACUGAGCCAGAGGACAAAUAUUUAAAAUACGUAAAAAGAAAACUGCUAAUAUAUAUAUACGGAGACGGUGGAAAAAUAUAUUAAAAAAGUAUAUUACAAAACCGUUACACUCAAAUAAAUGAUCAGUAGUACAUAUCACCUAUUAUUAUGAUAGAUCAGCAUAUGCUUGGCAGCUGUAAACAGUGAUUAGCAUUAGACGGCUAGUGCUAACCAAUAAGAGCUUCCUUUGUUUACUUUCUCUCAAUACACACACGCACAAACACAAGAUAUGCAAACCAUAUUCGUAACUUUCUCACUAAUGCAUAAAGGGAUAGUUCACCAAAAAAGUUAAACAUUGAAAUAAUGAUUACCCCAUGAUUUACUCACCCUCGAGCCUUUUUCGAUGUAUAUGAUACGCUGGAAACACACUCUAGAAAUUGCAUUAAUUGUCCUCAGAAGGCCUUUAUUAACCCCUUGAAGCAAAGUGGAUUAUUUCUGGACAUUUUGGGGCUUCAAAUAAGCACCAUUUACUAUUAGGGUUGGGCAUCAUUUCAAAUUUAGCAAUUCCGAUUCAAAAUUUAAUUUGGCUUAUUGAUUCUGAUUUCUAACGAUUCUUGGUUUUGAUUCCAAAGAAGUGAAAAGCAAUAACAGUCAAAAAUAUUUUUCUUUGUGCCACUAACAGUGUCCAAAUUGAGGGGGGCUCAGGUGGUCCUGGACCCCCCUAUAAAGCACAAAAAUAUAAAUUAAGGGGGUCCCCUGGUUUUUAUUAAAUACAUGAAUUUAAAUUCUCAUGCUGCACUGCCACAAAGCAAUACUGUCCAUUGUUUAUUCCAAUUUCCCAAUAAACUAAUCUAAAAGAUUUCUGUCUGAAAUAAAUUGAAACUCUCAUGUGCACCUCACGCUGUUUUCUGGAAGAAUUGACAGAUAUUUCAAUAUUUUUUAUUAAAACAUUGAUCCAGGACCAUCCAAAAAUGUUGAUUGAGGAUUACAUCUUACUUUGUGAAAUCACACGCUAUAAUGACGGGGGCUUGGCCGGGGGGGGGGGGUGUAGCUAGGGGACCCCCAUAAGCUUUGACAUGCACUAUUGCGCCAAAGGUUUUGGGACACCCCUCCAAAUCACAGUGAAAGGAACUCUUGAUGCUUCAUCAUACCAAGACAUUUUGCACAAUUUCAUGCUCCCAACUUUGUGGAAACAUAUUUGGGCCUUCUCGUCCAACAUCGGUGUCUGACCUUACAAAUGUGCUUUUAAAAGAAUGGUCAAAAAUUCCCUAAAGUCUUCCAAGAUGAGUUGAAGCUGUUAUAGCUGCAAAGGGUGGGCCAACUCCAUAUUAAACCCUAUGGAUUAAGAAUGGGAUGUCAAUCAGGUUCAUGUGCAUUUAAAGGCAAGUGUACCAAAACUUUUGGCAAAAUAGUGUAAUUCGAACACUGGGGACUAAUGAAGAGCACUCGGGAUACGCAACGCAUCAAACAGGGUGCAUUUAUUUUAUUUUUGUGAUACGUUGAGCCAACCGCAGAUGCUUUGCCAUAUUGCUGGGGACACCCAUUUUGCAACAUAAUAGUUUGUCACAAUACUUACACUAAGCUUUGUUUUUUAUUCUGAUUUUGCAAAAUACAACCACAUUUUAGAACGCCUUGCACCACAGUCCAUUGAGAAGGUCCUGCGCACGGUGUGCAGAUGGCUAGGUCUGGUAAUUUUAUAACAAGUAUCCGAUUUCAGAAUUGGAAUCAAAAUUCGAUUCCUAACUCCAUUUAGUACCAUUAUAAAGGAUGGAACAGCCAGAAAAUUUUCUAAUGCUGGUAAAUAAUUUUCAUGUUUGGGUGAAUCAUCCCUUUAUCAGUUUAACAAAGGAAGAUAAAAGAAAUCUACAUUUAGUCUUCACAGUCUUACUAAAUAAAGGAUUUUUAGCAAAACAGUUCUGUUCUGGACUAAACAGUAAGCGGGUGAUUCUCACGAAAACUUGGUUUUAAAAAUGUCAAGCAUGAAAAUGUAAAAAUUGCUUAAAUUUACUUUUUUUCCCACCAGACAUUGAAAAACAAAGUCUGGAGUAAAUGGGAACAUUAAUUUAAAAACUUUUACUUAUCAUUUAACACUUUUUGUAACAUAAUUUUAAAAAUUAGUCCUAAAAAAUCUCAUUACCGCAACAGUCAGAAAACAUCAACACUGACAUAUUUUCAAAAUGACAUGACAAACCUGAAAGAACAUAAUUUGGAGAUUCUGCACAUGCAUUUAAAAUCAAAGUAUUAUGCUUCUAUUAAUUAAAUUAACAUUUAAUAAGCAUCUGUUGCGGUAAUGAUAAUCAAAAUGUCGAGUAAGCAUUCUGACAAAACAAUAUUUCAAAUUAACUGUAAAAAAUGAUCUUACCUGGUAGCCAUCUUGAAGUAACUGGUCCAUGUGCUUGGUCACUCAAAAUCAAACUUUAUAAAAAGUCUGUAUGUGUGCUUAAACUGUUCUCAAAAAGUGUUGCGGAGGAUGAGAACAUCAGGCAUGGACACAUCAUUUUCCUAAUUUUUCUUCAUUAUUAUUAUACAUGAAUAUUCAGUAAAUAUUUUUUCGGUCAUCUAACAAAAAUCUAGCAAAACAUCCAUUUAUUUUUUUCUUAAUAUUUUUGUGUUAAUUUGAUUAAAUUACAACAUAACGCAUGUUCAAACACAGCCGGACACAUUGCGGUAAUGAGAAUUUCAGCAGAAAAUGAGAUAACAUUUACAAUUAUAAAUUCUUAUGUUGAAAUCACACAUUGUGCAAGGUAGAACACAGUAUUGUGUUAAUUCUGAUGCUUUUUAAUGUUACUAUUUUACACAUUUUAAAGCUAAAAUCAUUAGUGCCGUGGUGUUUCAAUGGUUUCGUGAGAAUCACCCAAGCAUUAUAAAGAGUAAAGCAGUGUUAUUCAUGUAGCCUAUAUAAGGGGGCGCAAUGUUUCCCUACCUGUGCAAAACUCAAAUAUCAGUGUCACAUUUAUGUUUCAACUGUUAGUCCAAGAAGUGCAUUGCUGUUUAAAUCAGCUACUACAAGAUUCCUUACUGAAGAAAACAAUAGAAAUACUGUUUUCCAUUACAAAUACCUUUUAACAAGCAAUCUAGUUUCUCUUUUCUUUUGGUUCCCAUCUGAAGCAACCAACACAUUACCAGUAGGGACCGUUAUGGUAUACAUUCAUGCAUUUGGCAGACGCUUUCAUCUAAAGUGACUGGCAUUCAAGCCAUUACAUUUUAACAGCCUUAGUGACCUUUGCACUCCUCUACCAAUGGAGCUACUUCCAUUAAAACCAUUAGCUUCCAUAAUUAUUCCUCUAAUGGUUUCUAUUGUUUCUUUCAGUGAGGUUUACAGAGACCAAUUUGUGUUCCGGUAAUUGCGGUGCGCUAUCAAGAAUCAUUUGUAAUGUUGACUGAACCAAUUUAGCAUUGACUGAAUAACCAAGGGCUUUAAGAAUGACGUCAAUUCGUGCCUCCCUACCAAUGUACAAACCCUCUGGCUCUCCAUGCAUGAUGUUUUGAAAAGAUAAAGGAAUGAAAAGAAAAGCAGAAAUCAUUUGUACUCAUUCACAAGUGUAGUAAAAACUUUCAAGUUUUUCCUUCCUUCCCUCUUAGUAGCCAAUUUCGGGUAGUGACUACAGAGGGCAGCACCACACUGCCAGAGUCUCACUGCCUUUAUGCAUGAAUUCUCCAGACUUUUCAGUUCUGGGUUUCUUUUCUAUCUUUCAUUCGUUCGGUGUUUGUUCAAUUGGUGGAUUUUUACUGCAUGACUUUAAAUACACUUUUUUUAACACUGCCAGUUGUGAUCAUUAUUGAUUGCGCAACAGUUUUUUUUAAACUGCUUUUAGUGCUAA